AUGGCUUUUAUGGACACAGAAAACGCUUCCUCCUCCUCCUCAUCUUUUCCUUCUUCUUCUUCUACGCCCGGAUGGAAAUACGACGUCUUUCUCAGUUUCAGAGGCACCGACACCCGCAAAAACUUCACAGACCAUCUAUACGCGGCGUUGAGUCAGAAAGGCAUAUUCACAUUCAGGGACGAUGAAAAGCUUGAGCGAGGAACGUUCAUUGCCCCUGAGCUCUUGUCAGCAAUUGAAGACUCGAGAUUUGCUGUUGUGAUUCUCUCCAGAGACUACGCUUCGUCGAGUUGGUGCUUGAUUGAGCUAGCGAAGAUCGUUGAGUGCAUGGAAAAGAAGGGGCUCAUAGUCCUGCCAGUUUUCCACUACGUGGAUCCUAGUGAUGUGCGCAAUCAGAGAGGGGCUUUUGCUGAAGCGUUUGUUAAACACCAAGAGCGUUUCAAAGAUAAGAUGGAGGAUGUGUAUACGUGGAGAGCUGCUUUGACACAAGUUGCUAGUAUUGCUGGAUGGGAUUUACACGAUAAACAUGAGGCAAAAGUUAUUGAAGAGAUGGUCAGAAAAAUACUUGGUAAAUUGAAUUCUACAUACUCAGUUAUUCACAAGGAUCUUGUUGGAAUAAACUCUCGUAUGGAGGAAAUGGUGAACUUAUUAGCCAUAGGGUUGAAUGAUGUUCGCUUUGUAGGAAUUUGUGGUAUGGGUGGAAUGGGCAAAACUACUCUAGCACGACUCAUUUAUAAAAAACUUCAUUAUUGUUUUGAAGGUAGCAGCUUUCUUGCAAAUGUUAGAGAGGAAAGUAAAAAACAUGGUCUAGUUCCUUUACAGAAACGACUUCUUGCUGAUAUCUUCCUUGAAAAGAAUAUUGAUUUUCUAGAUGUUCAAUGGGGAAUCAAUAUGAUAGGGAAAAGAUUAUGUCAUAAAAGGGUUCUUGUCAUUCUUGAUGAUGUGGAUCAACUUGAUCAAUUAGAAGCAUUAGUAGGUGAGCGAAAUUGGUUUGGUCAAGGAAGCAGAAUCAUUAUAACAACUAGAUAUCAACAUCUAUUGAUAAGGCAUGAAGUGGUUAGAGUUGAAAUAUACAAGGCUAGGAAACUGAAUGACGAUGAAGCUCUUCAUUUCUUUAGUUUGAAAGCCUUUAAGAAGGAUUAUCCAUUAGAAGGUUAUGAGGACUUAUCCCAGAAGGUUAUUUGUUAUGCUCAAGGCCUUCCUUUGGCUCUUGAAGUUUUAGGUCGAUUCCUAUUUCGUAGAAGUGUAGAUGAAUGGGAAAGUGCACUAUGUAGGCUAAAAGAAAGUCCUGAAAGACAAAUUUCGGAUGUUCUUAAAAUAACUUUUGAUGGCUUGAGGGAAAGAGAGAAAAACAUAUUUUUAGACAUUGCUUGUUUCUUUAAGGGAAUGGAAGAAGAUCAUGUUGUAAAUAUAUUACAAGCUCUCUAUGACAAGCCAAAAAUUGAUAUAGUUGUUCUUCUGGAAAAGUCUCUCAUAACUAUCUCAUUUGGAAAAUUUUGGAUGCAUGAUUUGCUACAAGAAUUGGGUAAGGAAAUUGUUCGCUGUGAAUCCCCUGAAGAGCCUGGCCGACGUAGUAGGUUGUGGCUUACAGAAGAUGUCAUUCAUGUAUUGAAAUGUAAUACGGGAAAAGAAGUAGUUAAAAGCAUAUUUCUUGACUCACCUCCAAGAAAAGAGGAACGCUUGAAUGCUGAAACCUUCUCAAAGAUGAAAAACUUGAGAUUACUUAAAAUCAGUAAUGUGCACUUUCCUCAAGGGCUCAAGUAUCUUUCUAGCGAGUUACGUUUUAUUCACUGGGAUGGAUAUCCUUUAGAAUCCAUGCCAACAAGUUUUGAGCCAGAAAAACUUGUUGAACUCAUUAUGCCUUGCAGCCUUGUCAAAGGAUUAUGGAAAGGAAUCAAGAGUUUAGAGAGGUUAAAACUCAUUGACCUUCGUGACUCUUGGAACUUGAUUGAGACUCCAGACUUCACCAAAGUCCCAAGUCUUGAGCAGUUGAUUCUUCAACAUUGUACAAGAUUGUCAAAGAUUCAUGAAUCCCUUGGAGAACUCAAACGGCUUAUUCUAUUAGAUUUGAAUGGUUGUAAAUGUCUUAAAAGCCUUCCACACAAGAUUAGCUUGGAGUCACUUAAAGUUUUUAUUCUUUCUGGCUGUUCAAGACUAAAAACGUUUCCAGAGAUUGUGGGAAAUAUGUCAUGUUUGUUGGAACUUUAUUUGGAUGGAACUGCUAUAGAAGAACUUCCAUUAUCAGUUGAGCGUUUAACCGGCCUUAUUAAAUUGGAUCUAAGUGGAAGUGCUAUAAGAGAAUGGUCCCGCACUUUUCCCUCCAACAAUCUUAAAAUACUUUCUCUCUCUGGAUGUGAAGCACUAUUAUCUAAAUCAUCGAAUAGGUUUUUCAACUUUCCUCUAAUGCCAAGAAGAAGUACUUGUCCCAUGGGCAUGUUACAGCGUUCUUUAUCAGGCUUAUGCUCUUUGACCCAGCUGGAUCUAAGUUAUUGCAAUCUUCAAGCAAUCCCCGAUGUUCUUGGUUGCCUAUCCUCUUUAACAGAAUUAUACCUAAUGGGAAAUAAUUUUGUUGGUCUUCCUAAAAGUAUCAUUUGA